UCACGAUUUGUUGACAGUGUUAUUUAAUAUUUAUUAGUUCGUCGUCAUAAAGAUAUUUUAAUAAUUUAAUUUUUUCAUUUAAAGUUAAAAAAAUUUUAUUACAAUUAUAUUACCUUUUUUUUUUUGAUAUUAAAGAUAAGCUCCGAUAAUUCAAAUUUUCUAAUUACCUACAAAAUUGGAUUCAUAACAAACUUUUCUUAUUAUUUUUGUUUUGUAUUAAUAAGAAAAUCACACAUUCUUUAUCAUUUAAAAAAGAAAAAUAAAUACAAAAAGCCAAAAAUAAAAGCAAAAUCAACGUCAUUAAGUGGCCAUGGACUUUCGACACAUUUGAUCCCCAACAAAUUGCCAAAUUUUGUUUACAUAUCAAAUUUGAGUGUUAAUUUUUUGUAAUCAGAAAUUUUGUUAAAGGCUAUUAAUUAUUCAAUCAUUUGAAGUCCACUGAAGAUGAGUGUAAUAUAGAAUUUCGGAUUCAAAUUUUAUACUGUGUUUUUGGUUUAAUUAAUUUUUGGAUUCCUAGAAUAUAAGAAAAAUGCAGAAAAUAGCACCAGAAAACUCGCAAUCAACUCGAAAUCAAAUGCGACCUGUAAGAUACAAUUAUGCGGAUUCUUUUGUUUUUACAUAUAUUGUAUCAAUAGUAGCAGCAUGUAAUGCAGAACUUGUAACGUAUCCAUUAGACUUAACAAAAACUAGAUUACAAAUCCAAGGGGAAGCAGCAGCAGCUAAAAUAAAAGAUGGAUUAUCAACGGCUCCUAGAAGGGGAAUGUUUGCUACUGCUCUUGGAAUUGCAAAAGAGGAGGGUCCUCUAAAAUUAUGGCAAGGUAUGACCCCCGCAGUGCUAAGGCAUGUUGUAUACAGCGGGGUUCGCAUUUGUACGUACGAUGCUUUGCGAAAAAAAUUUGGAGCAACUGAAAAUGCCCGAUUACCACUUUGGAAGUCCGCGCUAUGUGGUGUUAGUGCUGGUGCUUUAGGUCAAUGGCUAUCGUCACCUGCAGAUUUAGUAAAAGUGCAAAUUCAAAUGGAGGGGAAACGACGUCUAAUGGGUUUAGAGCCUAGAGUUCACGGGACUAUGCAUGCAGUCAAAGAAGUUGUAAGUCGAGGAGGUAUUGCUGGCUUGUGGAAAGGAAGCAUACCCAAUGUUCAAAGAGCCGCUUUGGUCAAUUUAGGUGACCUAACCACAUAUGACAUUGCGAAAGGUAAAAUUAUGUCUGGGUUAAAUAUGCCUGACUGUCACACUGUUCAUAUAUUAUCCUCAAUGUGUGCUGGAUGUGCUGCAGCUUUAUUGGGAACUCCUGCGGAUGUAGUUAAAACACGUAUAAUGAAUCAACCUACCGAUAAAAACGGGAGGGGCCUUCUUUAUAAAGGAUCGAUCGAUUGUUUAAUACAGACUGUGAGUAAAGAAGGGUUUUUUGCUUUAUACAAGGGAUUUUUACCAUGCUGGAUACGUAUGGCACCUUGGUCAUUAACAUUUUGGUUAUCAUUUGAGUACAUAAGGAAAACAAUGGGUGCAAGUGUUUACUAAAUUGUAUAUACUUUUUGAAUAGUUAAUUAUUUUAACUGUAAAAAAGAAACUUAAAAUAUUUUAACGAAAAAAAGACUUUAAGUAUUGAACUGCUGAGCAAUAAUGGUUUUGUUUAAUUUAUAAGCAAAAAGAUUAUUUUGUUUAAAAUGUUGAAAAACGUAUCAUUACAAAAUGUAUAUGUACCUACACAAAAAUAAAAUUCUAUAAA